CGGGAGUAUCGUUACCUGGCAACGCAAACCACUGGCGGAAGGCAGAAUAGAUUGGGCAGUUUGGUGCAGUUUGAAGAGGCGAGUGCGGGCGGGCGCAAGAGAAGAUGAGACAAGGCGGUGGAUACAGGAAGGAGGGCGGGGACCGCAGCGGCGAGAGCAGGGGCCAGGAGACGGACUCCCUUCCGCCGUCGGUCUCCAAAGCUCAGGCCAGCUGCGAGGAGGCAGGAUCGGAUAAUUAUACCUCAGGAAAAGAAGGUCAAAUUCAACCGCAAUCAGCACUAAAAAUCCUUCAACAACAGCUGAAAUCAUUUCAGGCACUUCGGCAACAGACUCUGCUGAAUGUUAACAUGGUACAAUCUGAAAUCAGUGAGAUACUGAAUAAAAAUAUAAUUGAUGUCAAAACCCCACAGUGCAGUCCAGACAAGCUUCUGAAGACAAGCUCACCACCUGAUAUAGCUAUGUCUACAAGGAGUCCAGAAACACCAUUGUCUAGGAAGAAAUUUCAUCUUGAUAAGAAACAUUGUACCAUUCAAUCUGUGGAAACAAAUCCUAAUAAUAUCUUUGGAAAUGUGGUCAGUGAUGUAAAUAUUUCAAAUCAGAUUUCAUUAAAAACUAUAGCAACUGGAAAGAUUGAAAACUCAGUAGAACCAAUUGAAAACAAAACUAUGAUUGUAAAAAAUGAUUGCAAAUUGAAGGAUUAUGCCAAAUCUGAAUGUUUUCUACCUUGUAUUGAUUUGGAGCCUCAAAGUAUGGUACCUUCUCAUGAGAAAGUAAGUUUGGAUGACUCUGAAUCUUGUGUGCCUCUUCUCAAAUACAGUGAUGAACGUAACCUAAUAGACAACCUUAGCUAUUCUAUCAAGCCAUUGAAACAAGAAUGUCAAAAGUCUCACAAACGGGACCUAGAACAUGCAUUUAAAUGUCAGAAUGUUUCCUGUAAUCAAAAUGUUGUUUUUGAUGAUAUGUCAGAAAAAGAAAAAUCUACUUUUUUAUCUAGAGUGAAAUUACACAUGGACUUAAAAUCGAGGGAAAAUUCAGAGCCCGAGAAAUCAGUAGACAAUUCGCAUGUUUCUCUGGUUUCCCUUAAAGGAAAAAAUCUGAAUCUUGGUCAAGAAUUUAACAAAGACUCUGAAUGUAACAACUCUCCGAAUUCUGCUUAUAUAACUACAUGCAGUACACAGACAGAAAUGGAAAGCAAGAACAAAAACAAAGAAUUGUAUAGUACCGAUGGUGUUGGCAUGUUCCAAUUAAAUGCCUUUUCUAAAACAGUAAAAGAUAAAUUACUAAUGCUUGAUAACACAGAGAAACUACAGAAAGAAAAAGAACAGCAAAGGAUACUAAAACUUGGAAAUCAGAAUUUCUGUGAAAUCACAGCUGAUGAGUCCCCUGCAAAAAUGGAAGAGUUACAAAAUUCCCUGAAAGAUUCCAAACACUUGCAAAAAAAAGUAAUGGAACUUGAGAGUGAAAAUGUAGCGCUCAAGUCAAAAAUGAAACCUCUUACUGUUAUCAUAAGGUCUCUGAGAGACAGAAAUUCACAAUAUGAGAAGCAAAUUAAGAAUGUUGUUGAAGAAAAGAAAAGCAUGCAAGUUAGGUUAGUUAAAUCAGAAGGAGAUAGCAAAGAAUGUAUUAAAGAAGUGAAAAAAUUGUUAAAGAAAUGCAAAGAACUUCAAGACCAAAAGAAAAUUAUUGAGGGAGAAAAAAAUCAACUCUGUACUGAAAACCAAUGUAUGAAGCAAGCACUAGAUGACUUCAAAAUUAAUAACCAGAAAGCACAAGAAAUAACGAUUACUGUUACCAGUGAAAAGGAUAGGCUCUUUAUGGAACUAGAAUCUUUGCAAAAGGAAUCUUCAGUGUUGCAAGAAACAAAUCAGAAACUAGAAAUAAAAAUGUCCCAACUUGCAAAAGAAAAGAACUCUCUUGAAAAAGAAUUUGAAAAAAAUCAGAUUCAAAUACAGCAACUGAAAGAAAAAGAAAAUGAAACAAAAUCUGAACAGGAGACUCUUUGUCACAUAAUACAGUCACUUAAAGACAAAAAUCUUGAUCUUGAAAUGACAUUGCAAGAAUGUGCUAAUGCUAGACAAAUGUUGCAGAAGGAGCUUGAGAGGGUCCAGUCAGAUAAAGCUUAUAUAGAAGAGAAAUUCUUGACUGAACUUCAAAAUAUAAAAGCAGAAAGGGAUAUUUUAAAGACUAAGUUAUUGAAUAUGAACAGUGAAUGUGAGAAUUUAUCAACAGUGGUGGCAAAUAUCACAAAGGACAAUCAGCUUCUUAAAAAGGAACUGCAGGAAAGUAAACAAGAUACUUCCAAAUAUGAAAGUAACAUCAGAAGAUUGAAUGAAGACCAUUUACUUAUGGAAAACCAACUGCGGACUAUAGAAAAUGAAAGAGAUGUAUUGCAGUUUGAACUUCGCCAUCUCCAUAAGGAUUAUGUUAAUCUAAGGGAUCAAAUUACUGUUUUGGUCAAUGAGCAGCAUAAACACAGUUACAUUUCAGGCAACCAGAAGGAAAAAUAUUGCACUGAAAUUUGUGAAGAAAUUUCGGAUUAUAGAUAUACAGCUUUAAAAUGCAUUCCACAAGGUAUGUGCUGUAUUUCACAACAUUUUACUGCACAGGUGUUGUUUUAAUUUUAAUUUACUCAGUUUCAGCACCACCAACCAACUUUUAAAGUAAAUUACUUACCAAAGCCAUUGCCAAGUUGUACAUUAGUUUGACUUCUCUACUUAGGAAAACUCAAGAGGAUUUUUUUUUUUUUGCAGGGGGGGGGUUAAAGCUGAGGCAGUUUAAGUCUUGGUAGCUUAAUUUAAGAAUUUUUUGUUUCUGAAAAAGAGAUUCUACAUAGUACAGACACCAUUUUUAUUAUCAUAAAACAAAAUCUCAGAGAGAGCCUGGUCCAAAGCCUACUGAAGGCAUAGGAAAUUUUUCGUGUACUGUAAUGAGCUCUGGAACCCUGAGAGUUAUACAUUGUGCUUCAGGUUUUUUCAGUUGUCCUGAAGUGUCUCUUAAAAUGAAUUACUCCUGCUGUUUUUAAAGAAAUACUAUUUCUCUUAAAAGAAAACUGUCUUUUUUUUCCAGGCAAUUCCAGUUAAACUGCAAGAGUCUCUUGCUUCAGAGAAAUUGUAAUAAACAUUCUCUUUUAAACUGAUUAAAAGUUCUGCUGUUCAGUUAUUUCAGUUUUCAGUUGUUACUUCAACAAAUGGUCUUUUUUUGUUCAAUUUUCCUAAUGUAAAAUUUCCCAUAUGCUUUUUUGAACACUUGAACUUUGGCUGUAUUUUAUAGAUUCAUAUGCGCAGGUCCUCAGUAGAUGCAAAUUGUUACAGCUCUGCAGAUAUCAGUGGGGCUAUCAGAAUUGACCCCAGUUGAGGAUCUGCCCCCAAAAGGGCUGACAGAAUGCUGGGCCGUUGGGUAAAGCGAGUGGAAGGGGGACUAAGGCAGAAGAGGUGAGACUAAACUCCCCUUCCC